AUGGCGUCUUUACCCAACCGCAUCCUCCGUGAAGUGCCUCUCGUGUGCCGCUCGCGCACUUCACUCCGACGUAAUCUCCGCCUCAGCCUUUCGCUCUUCUUCGGAUUCGAUAAACUCCGCGCUUUCCUGGAGGGCUGCACCGACUGGUCCGUGGACUACAAGCGGUACCAGGCGCUGCUGGGGGAGCCCGUCCGGAUCCGCUGCGCCCUCUUCUACGGCUACAUCCGCGCCAACUACAGCCUGGCGCAGAGCUCGGGCCUCAGCCUCAUGUGGUACAAGAGCGCCGGGCACGGGGACUUCGAGGAGCCCAUCAGCUUCGACGGGACGCGCAUGAGCAAAGAGGAGGACGCCAUCUGGUUCAGACCGGCGGAACUGCAGGACGAGGGCUACUACUCCUGUGUGCUGCGAAACUCCACGUACUGUAUGAAGGUGUCCAUGUCUCUGAACGUGGCGGAGAACGACACCGACGUCUGCUACAACUCCAAAAUGAGGUCCUACGAGAAGGCCGAGCUGAGCAAGAGCAAAAACAUCUCCUGCCCGGGGAUCGAGGAGUACAUCCAGCCGGGAACCGAACCGGAGAUCACGUGGUAUAAGGAGUGUAGACCGCAGCAGUGGAGGUCGAGCAUUGAGACCAGAGACAGUCUGUACAUCCGAGAGGUCAAAGAGGAGGACACCGGGAACUACACCUGCGAGCUACAACUGGGGACGUUUGUGGUGCGCAAGACCACCGAGCUGUCCGUCACCGCUCCACAAACUGACAAACCCCCGAAGAUCCUGUUCCCGGCGGAGGGCCAAAUGACCGUAAUCGAACUGGCCAUAGGCAGCCCGGUGAACCUGACGUGCAGAGCCUUCUUCGGGUACAGUGGAGACGUCAGCCCCCUCAUCUACUGGAUGAAGGCGGAUAAAUACAUCGAGGAUCUGGACGACGAGAGGGUGCAAGAGACAGACCUCAAGACCAUCCGUAAACACUUGGGGGAGCAGGAGGUGUCCAUCUCUCUGACCAUCGAGGCUCUGGACGAGGGAGACUUUGGGAACUACUCGUGUUACGUGGAAAACAUCAACGGGCGAAGACAAGCGAACAUCCAGCUGGCAAAGAAACCGGAGUUGAUGUACACCGUGGAGCUGGCUGGAGGACUGGGGGCCAUCCUGCUCCUGUUGAUCUUCUUGGUGACGCUGUACAAAUGUUACAGAAUCGAGAUCAUGCUUUUCUACAGGACGCACUUCGGCAGCGAGGACCUGGACGGAGAAAAUAAAGACUACGACGCGUACCUGUCCUACACGAAGGUGGACCCGGACCAGUGGAGUCAGGAGACGAGAGAGGAGGAACGCUUCGCCCUGGAGAUCCUGCCCGAGGUCCUGGAGAAACACUAUGGGUAUAAACUCUUCAUACCAGACAGAGACUUGAUCCCGACCGGAAGUUUCACCAAUGAUCAUUUCCAGGAUGACACCAGGCUACUUAGAGCGUACAUCGAGGACGUGGCGCGCUGCGUGGACCAGAGCAAGCGUCUGAUCAUCGUCAUGACACCCAGUUACGUGGUGCGGAGGGGGUGGAGCAUCUUUGAGCUGGAGACGCGCCUGAGGAACAUGCUGGUGACAGGAGAGAUAAAGGUGAUCCUGAUCGAGUGCGCGGAGCUGCGAGGGAUUAUGAACUACCAGGAGGUGGAGGCGCUCAAACACACCAUCAAACUGCUCACCGUCAUCAAGUGGCACGGCCCCAAGAGCAACAAACUCAGCUCCAAGUUCUGGAAGCAGCUUCUGUUUGAGAUGCCCUUUAAGCGCCUGGAGGGUCCUCUCACCAUCUCCCACGAGCAGGUGCUGGACGUCAGCGAGCAGGGCCCCUUCGGCGAGCUGCAGACUGUCUCCGCCAUCUCCAUGGCAACCUCCACGGCGAUGGCCACGGCGCACCCGGACCUGCGCUCCUCCUUCGGCACCUGUCACACUCAGCUGAGGCAGAAGCACUAUUACCGCGGAUACGACUACGACCUGCCUCCGGGGGGCACCCUCCCGCCGCUGUCCGCCGCGCUCGGAAACCAGCACACCUACUGCAACAUCCCCAUGACGCUGCUCAACGGCCAGAGACCGCAGGGCCGGUCGCCACGGCAACAGAGCAUGGAGGAGAGCCACGCCGGCAACAACGCCAUGCUCCCCCUGCUGCCCCGGGAAACCAGCAUCUCCUCUGUGAUCUGGUGACACAGGACUGCGCCGACAACGCUGCUAACGCUCCUGCGGGGGGCGCCGGUACGAACACUCAAACACAAGCCAACAUCGCCCG